AUGAUCUGUACGUUGACCUUAACUUCUCCCCUACCUAAACACUCCAUAAUUGGAGAAUCAACUGUCUCUAAACAUACUAUAUAUUUCGCGACCUGUGGGGAGGAAUAUCAUGUCAUUUACUCUGGUUUGUACGUAAAGUUUGAAAUUCCUGACUUGGAAUAUAUCAAACAAUUGAAUGACGAAUCCAAAAGUACUCCAAAUCUCUUUAUAUUAUUUCGAUCAAAACUUCAACAAUGCAUUUCGGCUUUAGGAUUAAACACUGAAUGGGUUUUUAUGUCUGAGAUCUCUAAAAAACUCUGGGCUGACAUUAAAAAAAAUGAUCAAAAACUUGUAUCGUCAAUUCGAAAUGUAUAUAAAGUCAGUAGUGUACGCAAAAAAUCGAGGAUUCGUUUCAAACCCUACGAUUACAAACCAAAAAAUUUCGAUAAAUCGAACGGCAGCGAACAGAAUCCUGAAUUUUCUUCUACCGAAUCUUUACAUAUGAAUGAACACGUCUCAGUCGUCACCCAUAGCAACUUGAUUAAUAGUCAAAACGAACCAUUAAAACUCCUCCUAAGGGAAUUAUUCGAAAUCUACUAA